AUGCGUGGUUUACCUCUUGGACUAUGUCAAGACGAGUAUCGCACUUGUCAGCAGUUCUGUUAUUUAAUUGAUUCUGCUAGUCCUGUGCUUGGAAUUAAGUUGAUCAACUUGCUGAAAGUGUUCGAGAAUAGUCCUCGUGAAGUCAAAAAUGAUUUGCUGACAUUCUUUCACGUUUGGUCUAAAUAUGAUGGUCUUGUGAAUGCUCGCGAGAAACUCAACGAGUGUCUUACAUUGCUGCCAACAUUAAAGAUUCGGAUGAAUGCUUUUUGGGAUUCAGUAAAUGAAAAGUAUAUCAUUUCGUGUAUUCCGAACGAUCAUCCAGUCAGUGAUGAAAAUAUCGUCAUUGAAAUUCAAGACUGCGACAUUAUUAUCGAUCAUCCAGUCAGUGAUGAAGCUUUAGUCAUUAAAGUCGAAGUUCAUGACUGUGAUAUCAUUGUCGAUGAUUCUCCAAGCGUUUUUGACAUAGUCACUGAAGUCAAACUUAAAGUCGAGGAGAAAGUCAGAAGGACUUAUCAGCAAUCGGAAGCAGAUACAAUCGAGAGCAUUGGAAUGGAUGAACAUCGACCAAUGGAAGAAGCUCCAAACAAAAAGAAAGAGAAGCAUUUCUUGAAAAGAGAUAUGAGUGCAUACAUUAAGGAAAUAUAG